AUUGAGAAAGAGAUAAGACACUGAGUUUGUAAGUUAGUUUCUUCCACUAUCAGCUUAGCAAGCCGGUGUUCAGCAUGGGGCACUCCUGUGGCCUUCUCAAGAUGUUGUUCUUCCUGCUCAUAAGUUCUUGGUACGGUGUCUGCGGAGUUGUUUUGAGAGAAGAAAUGGAAGGAGCGCCUGCGGACGACGAGCUGUUCGAGCUGUCCAUCGUCCACUGGAACGACUUCCAUGCCCGCUUCGAGGAGACCAGCUGGAGCUCGGGGGCGUGCCCCGAGGGCAGGGAGGACUCCUGCGUCGGCGGAAUCGCCAGGGUCCGCACGGAGGUGCUGCGACUGCUGGCCGAGCGACCGGAGAACAGCGUCCUCCUGAACGCCGGCGACGUGUUCCAAGGCACCCUGUGGUACACGCUGUUCCGCUGGAACGUGACGGCCCGGUUCAUGAACAUGCUGCCGCACGACGCGCUGGUUUUGGGCAAUCACGAGUUCGACCAUGGAAUCGAAGGUGUGGUCCCGUUCAUGAAGAACGUGAACUUCCCCGUGGUAGUGUGCAACAUAGACGACUCGGAUGAACCAACUUUCCAAGGGCUGUACAACAAGUCCAUCGUCAUUGAGAGAGCUGGCAGGAAGAUUGGAAUCGUGGGGUUCAUCCUCAGCACAACCAACGAGAUCGCCGCGACGGGCCGGCUGAGGUUCCUGGACGAGGCGGAGGCGGUGGGCGCCGAGGUGGAAGAGCUCAAGGCGCGAGGGGUCGACGUGGUGAUCGCUCUCUCGCACGCCGGCUACGACAUCGACCAGCAGGUGGCAAGGAAGGUGCCCGACCUGGACGUCAUCGUAGGCGGCCACUCGCACUCGCUCCUCUUCACGGGAACUCCCCCGGGCGGAGACGUCUCCAGAGGACCGUACCCCACCGUGGUGGAGCACGACGACGGGAGGAAGGUCCUGGUGGUGCAGGCGGGCGCCUACACCAAAUACCUCGGUCAUCUGGUUGUGAACUUCAGCAGCGCCGGGGAGCCCGUCUCGUGGGCCGGCAACCCCAUACUCAUGAACACCUCCAUCACGCAAGACCCUGAAGUACUGGCAGCGAUGGAACCUUACCGAAACGAAGUGAAAGCUAUCGGAGACACGCAAGUCGGAUCUACGAAGGUGCUUCUCGGCCGAUCCUGCUCUAUAGGGGAGUGCAACCUAGGAAGCAUGCUCACUGACGCCAUGGUUGAAGAGUAUGUUAACAGGGCCCCAGAAAAUGCUUGGACGUACGCGCCCAUUGCCAUCCUCAACUCUGGAGGAAUUCGGGCAGCGAUUGUAGAAACGAAUGAUGGAAAGAUAACGUACAACGACCUGGUGACCGCCCAGCCGUUCGACAACUCGGUGGACACGAUGGAGCUUCAGGGGAAGCACCUGCUCGAGGCCUUGGAGCAGUCGGUCAGCUCUCCUUGGAGCUCCGGCGACAACAACCUCGCUGCUCCGCGGAGCACUGCGCGCCAGUUCUCGGGCUACGGCUUCCUGCAGUACUCCGGUGUGCGGGUGACGUACAACGUCAGCCGGCCGGUGGGCAGCCGCGUGCAGGAGCUGGGCUUGCUGUGCGACGAGUGCCUGGUGCCCGAGUACCGCGCCCUGGACCCGGACAAGUGGUACCGCGUGGCCAUCGCGUCCUUCCUCGCCGGCGGCGGCGACGGCUUCCGCGUCUUCCCGGACAACAUGAGGAACCACGUCACCGGGAGGACAGAUGUCGAAAUAUUCAUGGAGUACCUAACGAAACACAGCCCCAUCAUCCAGGGCGAAGAUGGUCGAAUAACUGUCAUCCAAGAAGGGGAGUGAAUAUUGUUUUGACGACGUAGCUUUACAAACUGAAGUUAAUACCUGGAAAAAAAAAUUCGGUGGUGCCGAACGAACAUAUUUUUUUCAAACAUUUUCUGGUUUUUUGAUGUGUGAUAAUUAGUUAAACAUUGAAAUAAGUGAGUACCAGUACGAAGUAAUUUGUGAUUAUGAAAUAAUCAAAUUAUUGAAUUAAACUUUCAUUCAAAAA